AUGCAUUUCCCAUCAUCUCUAUUCUCCGGCUUGCUGCUCCUCGGCGCCGGCCUUGCCAACGCAGCAAAUACCGCCGACAAUGAAGUUCUGUGUAAUGGCAGCCCCCCAACAACGGGUCACAAGGACUAUCAACUGUACCUCGAGAAUUGCCAAAACGUCCAAAACGAAGACGUCGCAGCACCAGCCACACCGGCCAAGCCCGCGGGUAAGAAGAUUAAUUGCGCCGAGCUGCUCAAGAAUGGCAAUCGCAUCGACUGCAGUGGCUUGAAUAACAAGGGCUGCAAGCUCCGCACUUGGGAAUGGGCUGCUCGUUUUACCCAGGCACCCCAGUGUAAAGGCAAAACUGGCCAAGAGGCCAAGAAGUGCGCUGAUGACAGAGAUAUUCUUCCCUUUGGAGCCGGUGUUUUCUAUACGGGCUACAUGAGGGCCGCUGUGCCGCAGUACACGCUUCAAAAGACCGAUGAGCCCUCGUUCAAGGACCUACCCUGCGACAAACUAGACCCUAUUAACUGCACUGGUUGGAACAAGUACUUUUGCAAUUUCCGCGCAUGGCAAGCUGCUGGUUGUAAGCAAGCUAGCAAGUGCAAGGGUAACGCGGAUAAGAAGACUUGCUGUGCCAAUCGGCCAAGUGAGCCUGACGGCUUCUUCAACCAAACCUACCUGCUGGAGUUUAACAAGAAGUGCAUGGUGUAG